AUGGCGGAGGUGAGCGGGGAAAGCGGGUAGGGGCGCUGGGGUCCGGCGGGCUCCUGGCGGGGCUCCGCUGGCGGGGCUCUCCCUCCGGCCCCCUGGGCGGCCCCGUGACUCCCUUACGGGGGUCGCCGGCCCGCCUCGGGGGCUUCGGGGGCCGCCGGGCGGCUGCUGGAGCCGCCUGCCCCAGCGGAGCGCAGCCUGCGCGAGUAGGCCGCGGCUAGCAGCCGUCCGUCUCCCGAUGGCUGUCUGCGGAGCUGCCCGGCCGGUCUCCACCCACAGUCCCGCGGCGGGGAGCGGAGGUGGAGGGCGCUCGGGCCAAGCCCUUGCUCCGCGGGGCUCCCGAGGAGGGCCAAGGCCGCGGGAUGGAGGGGGUCUGGUGGGGCUGAGCGAGUUUGGUGGGGUGUGAGUGUUUUUCCGACGGGCGGUCCGGCUGCCUUCGCCGCUGCUUUCCGGACAGCCGCUGUCAGCGCCCGGGCGGGCCGGGCCGAGGUGGGGACGCGGGUGUCGCGGGGCCCUUCGGGUCGCGUCAGUGGGUCGGUGGGGCUGGGGAAAGCGAAAGGGGCUCCGAGCUUGGAGGGCGAGAGGCGACGCUCGAAGGGCUGGGCGGGUGUGGGGGGAGAAGCUACGGCGAAAGGGAUGGGCGGCCGGGCGAGGGAUGGAGGCUCCGGAGUUGCGCCUUGGUCGUGGCGGGUGGGGAAAGAGGGAGGAAGGGAUGCUGAGAGACAAAAAGGGAAGGCGAAGUUGGGGGGGGCGGCGGAGAGAAGUGUGUGCGAGAAACUUGAAAUGUGUUCUAUUAACAACAAACCCACCCACCCCUUUUCGCCUCCUUUUUCCUUUCCACCUUGUUUUUUUGGUACAGCUCAUCUCUAACCAGUUCUUUCUCCCGUUGCUUGUUUCCAGGCUUCCUUUGGGAGUUCGAGCCCAGGUUUGUCCUGUUCAGUUCCUUCUUCUGUGAUUCCGGCAGUGGGAAGCUUUUGGGUACGGUUAAGGGCCAGGUUACAGGCGCAUCUGUCAAAAGAUGCUUUGUGUAUUUUCUCUGUUUACAGUGAUUCCCCCACCCCACCCCACCUCCUCCAUCUUUCCUAUUUUGUUUCUUGGUUUUUUCAUGUUAAAAGUCACUUGUUUGGUUCUAGAAGGGCAGAGCCCUGUAGAGCUGUUCUCUCUUGUACAAUCUGUAGUGACGGGUUGCAAAGCUGUUGUGGGUGUUGUAAAAGCCAGGCAUUUAACUUUCUAAAUAAAAUCUAUGGUACAUGUGGGACAACUUGCCUUAAAAUGUAAGUCAGUAAAAUCCCUAAUGCUAGUUGUUUGCUGCUUUCUGGAGUCACUCCUUCAGCAAUCCUCAAACCAUUUUUUGCUUUGCUAAAUGUAUGCUUGCGCAGAAGUAUGUCCCCCUGAAUUGAGAAGAACUUUCUUAUUGAGAAAUGAACUUAAAGUUGCAGCCUUGAAAUCUGAGAUCUUCAGAACUGAAUAAUGUUGAUUUAAAUGGAAGUUAAUUAUUCUUUUAUUUUUAAAAAAGUUACCCUGGCUCUUGGUGGCUCACAACAGUAAGAACAGCAAAGUACAGCCAAACCAAAGUACAUCAGACAGAAUUAAUUUUUAAAAAUGAUAAGAUAUGCAAGUUAUUCCUAAGUAAGAUUGUGCCCACGUGAAAGUUGCAUAUAAAUCUCAUUGAACUUAAUGAAACAGGUUUUUGUUACUUUAGAUUAAAUAAGUAUAUUUUAUACUUAUAAAUAAGUAUAUUUUCAGUAUAUUUUAGCAUCAAAGAGUGGAAACUUUAUUUUAAAAAAUGAAAUUGGAAGUUCUGUGUGAAAUUUUUAUUUACAUUUAUUGUCUGAGAACAAGCUUAUAGCAUUUCUCCAUUUCAUCAACUUCAGGUAAAUUAGAUUUAAUUGAAGUAUCAUCUGUAUGCAUUUAAAUUGUCCUGAUUCAGAUACUUCACAGUUACUUGGAAAUGUGCAGUUCAAAGUUGGUCCAAAGAUCUUGGGUUUCUUUAAAUCAAGAAGAUCUUCUGAUAUCCAAGCUUAUGCAGUCCAAGGAAGUGGGCAUUCACCACUCAGAUAUGUUACCAUUAAUUUGCAACACAAGAUAUACUGUCUUGGUGUGUUUAUAACAAGCAUGUUGCAUAUCUGGGGCUGUUUUACACAGCUUUUUAAUAGUAUAACUUCUCUUGCUAGUUAAAAAUGACUUGUCAAUGCUUAAUGUUGACUUGUUUAGAUGGUGUUUCCCUUUCCUCCAAACUGUUUUUAACCAUAUUUUCAAGUGAGUCAGCUUCUAAUCAGCGACAUUUUUUCCUGUUCAGUAGGUGUUUGUAUACUGACACUACAUUUCUGAAAUCUGGGAUCCAAUUUUUUGUGUGUUUCCUACAAAUAAAGAACUGUGCUUAAAUUUGAGCUCAUACAUGCAUAGUUAAUAUUCAUGCAAAUAAUUAACAUACAGUACUUGCAACAAAGGCUGUAAUUAAGUGUCAUUAGGACUUUUCUUCCAGAGCAGUCUCUUCACUUGCCUGGUAGAGUUAUUCUAGAAUAAGAGGCAUGAGGCUCAUUCUCUUUUUGAUUUAAUUGCAGUCCAUACAAGUGUGUGUACAACUUGUGCAUAAUAAAAAUGGAUGUUGAUGCUUCUGUGUUCGGAGCAUUAACUUUGGAACUUAAAUGAAUUUUUACCAUUGCUUUUUAGUGCUGAUAUAAUUUUGUGUGUUCCUAAAGUGAUUUAAAUUGUUUUUUAUAGUUGGCUCUUUAUCUUCUGAGGAUCAUGACUUUGACCCUACAGCUGAAAUGUUGGUACAUGACUAUGAUGAUGAAAGAACUCUUGAAGAGGAGGAAAUGAUGGAUGAGGGUAAAAAUUUCGGUUCUGAGAUUGAAGACUUAGAAAAGGUAAGGAAUUCUUCCCUUAGGCAUGCUGGAUCUUUAGUAUAACUUUGGUUAAAUUGUAUGUUCAUUCUUAAACACCAAAGAAAUUCUGGGGAGAAUUUUCGUAGAAUACCACUGAUCUGACUCAAUCAGUUAAAAAAAUUAUGGGAACAAAUACUUAAAGAACAGCAGCAGAAAAAUUUAUCUAUGGAUAUGACAACAAUGCAAGUUGAUAGAAAACCACUCCCGCACAGCAUCCCCUUACACUGUCAUCUUAAUUACUAAUUCUAGAUUCAGAAAAAAAAGUUAUCAUUUUUUUUUUAAAAGCAAAUUUGUUUACUAUGCAUCCAUCAGUACUGCCAGCACUUUAAGGAGAUCAAAGGGUAGUAUAGCUGUAUAGUCGUACCUUGGAUCCCGGACACCUUGGUACUCAUAUGUUUUGGCUCCUGAACGCUGCAAACCUGGAAGUGCGUGUUCCAGUUUGCGAACGUUCUUUGGAACCCGAACGUCCGACAGGGCUUCUGUGGCUUCCGAUUGGCUGCAGGAGGUUCCUGCAGCCAAUCAGAAGCCAUGCUUUGGUUUCUGAACGUUUUGGAAGGUAUGACUGUACUGUGUACAAGGCUCUUCAAGAGCUAUUGCAGAACCAUAUGAUAGGAUGCCCAAGUGAUAGAAUGUUUGUCCGUUGCAGGUAAAGUGACUGCACAGGAUCAGAUUGCAAAUGUCAUCUCUGUUAAUUUAUAUUGCAUAUUUAAAUCCCUCUUCUAUUUUAUUUAUUUGUAAAAUUUAUAUCCUGUCCUGCCUCAUAAAAUGAUCGCAGGACAGGUCAUAGCAAUCAAACAUCUAAAAUUUAAAAUCUAGUUUGUUAUAUAACAUCUCUCAAUACAAGGCCAAUUCUGAGAAUUCAAAAAGCUUGAAGAAAGAGGAAUGUUUUUACUUGGGCUGAAAACUUAACUAAACCUUAGGAGAAAGAGUAUUUAAAUUAGAUUUUCCUAGAUCUUGGAUUUGGAUAAUCUUUUUUUUUUGUAGUUGUUAAAACCAUUUUGUUUGUUUCUGCAUAUUUAAAAAUAUGUUGUUGUUUUUACAAAUGGCAAUGCAUCUUUUUGUCCUUUGAAAAAAAACCCAGGAAGGAAGCAUGCCCUUAGAAGACUUAUUGGCAUUCUAUGGCUAUGAACCGACAAUUCCAGUUAUAGCAAGUUCCAGUGCAGAUAGUUCCCCAAGUGAACUUGCAGAUGAACUGCCAGACAUGACUUUGGAUAAAGUAAGUCAUAAACAUAUUUCUUUGUUACAAUGUGAGGCAGGAGACUCAUGGGUUCUAUGGUUACCAUGAAAUCCCCUCAUUGCACUGAACGUUGAGGCCCAAAUGUUCUGCAUUUAUGCAAAAAUCUUUGAAAUCUGACAACAAUUUCCCUUUAACUUGUAGAUAACUAGUUUCAAUUCAACACAUUUUUUCCCUGGAAGUAAUUUUUUUGGAUGAAAACAGUAGUACAGAUGGUUAGGAUUGGGCUGUAAGUUGAAUAACUGAGUUGUAUCCAAUGGUGCUACUCACAUGAGAGCAAAUACUUCCAGUAGCAAAAAUGGGAAGCAAUUUUCCCUCUCUCCACUACAGCCCCUCACCCUUAUGAAGGGCAAUGAUUUCAUAAUAACUGAAAAUUGCCUGCCUUACCAUCAGCUAAAUAACAGUGUUGGAUAUAACUCAUGUAACUCAAAAUGAAAGGAAAAUGAGAUAUUUAUAAUCUUAAAGACAUUUUAAAAAAGUAAAUAGAAAAAGUAAAAGUGAUUUCAAAUAAGUAGUAUGCAUUACAUCUACAUAUACUUCCUUUAUCAAAUGUUACUUUGUAGUUUCUUUUGAACACCCUUUUCUUUCAAUUGGUCACAUUGUCAGUAUUGAGUUGCUAGUGACAGGCUGUAAUUUUUCAUAUAUACAAAGCUCAGGUGCUUUAUGUAAUUACUGAAACCUAAAACUACUGGAAGUUUUAAUUGUUUCCCUUUAUCUCUUGCAUUUUCUUGACUCUGACUCUGAGUCUGAUAUAAGUAGUAAACGAAAUUAUAAUAUGAAGGCCCCUCUUCUCCAGGCUUCCACAUAAGGAAUAUGAUGAAUUUAAAGAUACAGUUACUUCUUCCAGAGUGGAAUGAUACUAAUGAUUGACUCUUCUGAUUACAGGAGGAAAUAGCCAAAGACCUAUUGUCAGGAGAUGAUGAAGAAACACAGUCUUCUGCUGAUGAUUUGACACCAUCGGUUACUUCACAUGAAACUACAGACUUUUUCCCUCGGCCUUUAAGAUGUAGGGGAAAUAAUAUUAAUAUGUUGUGUUUCAGAAGAUUGUGUCAGAAGUAGAAGUAUUAGGACUGUGAGAUUGAUUUGGUCAUGCAUUUUGCUCUCUAACUGAAGGAUCACAUUCUGUCUCGGCUUGUUGCACUCAAUUAUUUCAAAUGCAGCCAAGGCAGGAUAGGCUUUUGGUCUACACAUGGUCCAUUUUGUACUAGUAAAUCACAUGGUUGUGAGACAAAAGUGUGAAAUUUAAUGUUGCAGCAGUGCAGAAGUACUAACCACACCACCUAGUAGACUUUCAACAAACUGCAUAGCUUUAAUUUAUCUAAAAAAUGGGUGCCAUGGCAGAGUUGGUGAACAAGUGUGCAUCUGUGACCAUGCUUCGUUUUCAGGAAGAAUAAUUCUUAGUAUGUUAGGAAUAAUCACAAAUCCUUUUUGACACGUAUGCUGAGGGGUAUUGGUAACCAAAAUUCAUAAAACUAUCCUGAAACACUUUAUUCAUGUGUUUUGAACUUGCAAAAAUCCAUAUAGUGAAAGAAACUAUAGUGUGGAAAUUACUGAAGAUCAUUUAAUAGGGUCAGUAUUACAUAUGUCUCCCCCUCUCUUAUUAUUCUUUUGUGGUGCCUUGCUGGAGAAAAAAUUGACACAGGAAUUUGUUGCAGUUCCUUUUAUCAGCCACUUACUGUGCAUUCUAACUUAUCUGAAUAAAUACUUCUUCGUGUGCAAAUUGGGAGCAGCAGGCACAGAAAACAUUAGAGCAAUCCAAUUUUCAUUUAAUCACUGGCAUUCUUUGUAUUGGUUUAAACUGAAAUGUGGUGAUAUUUCUAAUAAACCUAUGUAAACAGAGCACUGUGCAUAAAGCAGUGUAAAAUGCAGGGGCCCUGCCCUCCGCUUUACAAUUUAAGUAAGACGAGAAAUGUUGGGACGCGGGUGGCGCUGUGGGUAAAACCUCAGCGCCUAGGGCUUGCCGAUCGCAUGGUCGGCGGUUCGAAUCCCCGCGGCGGGGUGAGCUCCCGUCUUUCGAUCCCAGCUCCUGCCCACCUAGCAGUUCAAAAGCACCCUUAAGUGCAAGUAGAUAAAUAGGUACUGCUUUAUAGCGGGAAGAUAAACGGCGUUUCCGUGUGCUGCUCUGGUGCCGGUUCGCCAGAGCAGCUUCGUCACGCUGGCCACGUGACCCGGAAGUGUCUCCGGACAGCGCUGGCCCCCGGCCUCUUAAGUGAGAUGGGCGCACAACCCUAGAGUCGGACACGACUGGCCCGUACGGGCAGGGGGACCUAAGACGAGAAACACAAUGAAAGAGAGCAAUGGGAAAUGUAAUUUUGGUUCACAGAGUUUUGUAGAGGCUGGUAUACAUGCAUUUGGUAAUUGAUCAUCUGAAAGCGCUAAUGUCCUCAGCCUUCUGAAUCAUGGUUCUGGACUUAAGCUGCACUCCCGUACCCCAGCUUUGACUACCCUGUGGCUGUCUGAAUGUUGCUGGACUUUACCUCCCAUCAACCCUAACUACUGGCCCUGCUGACUGGGGCUGAUGGAAGGAGUCCCAACAUCUGGAAGACCACACAGGCUAGCUUUUCUAGACAUGUUUAACCUGAGAGUAAAUUCUACAUUACUCAGUAGGACUAAUACCAGAGUAGACAUUGGGUGGUAUUCAAUGCUAGUCCUUCUCAUAGUAUACCCGUUGAAGUGAAUGGACAGGACUAAUUGAAGUCCAUUCAUUUCAGUGAGUCUACUCUGAGUAGGACUUUGUUUAAUACAAUCCAGAGGAUUACCCUGUCAGACUCUGAUGCCUACCCUUUUUGUGCAGCGGAAUGUAACUGAUAAUAUUGCUGUUUAGUGCCCAAAACAAAGCUAUAAAAAACUGUUCUCGGAACUACUUAUGUUGCAGUAUGUGAAAUUCAAGUUGUUAAAUAUGCCUGAAUUAACACUUGUUCAUUUUCCAUUAUAAAAAGCAAAUACUACAUGCGAUGGUGAUAAAGAAUCUGAUGGUGAAGAUGUGGAAGUGGAUGCGGGGAAUUCAUCUGAAGAUUUGCGGAAGGUAACCCUUAGAAUGACCCACACUAGUGGAUUUAAACAUACUUAAAUAACUAAACUGAGCCACAUAUCUUGGAUACAUAAAGACUGUGAAAUUAAAAUAUAUGAAAUAUGCAUUUCCCUGGACUUACAUAUGAUGCUGCUUUGGGGCAUCAUGGGCCGUGUUCUGCUUGCCUGUGUAAGCUUUUAGCUACCCCUCCCAGUAGCAGCCCCUAUGAAGGCUCCCACAGAAGUCAAGGGGAUUGGCAGCUCUCAAAAGAAAUAUUGUUGCUUCCCCUUUGUACGCUUGGAAGUGAGAAAGUUGGAUGUUGUGCAAGGAGAGAAGAUGGUGUUUAGAUAAUCACCAUUUAGUUUACAAUUGCUUUUUAUGAGAGCUAUAUAUGAAUAAAUGUGUAAUUAAAUACUUUGAAAAAAUGUUUCUUCAGGAAAUAAUGAUUGGUGCACAGUACCAAGCAGAAAUUCCACCUUAUUUGGGCAAGAGCAGCAGCGAUGAUGAAAAGGGUGAGUUCCCAUUAUUUUUCUUGAUUAAAUUAAUGAUUAUAUUAUUUAAACUUUUACACUGCCUUGUGACCGUUGUAUCAAGAUUUGAAAAUUGCAUUUUGAAAAGUUGUAGUUGCAAUACUCUCAGGGUAGAAUAUUGAAAUGUCAAAGGGCCAUGGCAGUGCAGGGAAUGGAGUAAUGCAUUUGGAUUCUGGACAUCCAGUUUCUAAAGUAUCACUCAUCCAUGGAGCUCACCAGCUGUGUUUUACUAUCUCAGCCUUAUCCCUCCUUCACAGGGUUGUUUUGAGUCUUACUGGUGUAUUAUGAAGCACUUUGUUUUCUGAAAAGCAGCACAGAAGCGGUUGCAGUCAUCUCAUUAUAAAUUCUUAGAUACAUGAAAGCUAGACUCAAGGUUGCCUUCCAUAAACUUGUAAACAUAGGGCAAAGAAUGCAAAAAUAUUUGUAGAACACAGGAAGACUUCCCAUGGGAAAAAACCACUUUGAAUGUAACAGCUAGCACAUCCUUUACUGCCGGCCGACACUGAAGAUUGUAUUUGUAACAAUACAGUAUUUGUAACAGCAUUUAGUCGGGCAAAGAUAUGUGGAAGAUGGCUAACGAUUUUCCGGGCUGUUGAUUUAGCAACAUAGGAUGAGAUGCUAGCAUUUUGGCACCAGUGCAGUUCUGCCAUACAGCAACAGUUCCUUGUAGUCCUGGCAAGGGGGAGAGAGGGUUGUUGGCACCCUUGCAGCAUGGCAUCUUUUUUUGAAUGGGCACUAGGAAAACAUCAGGUGAGAGUAGUCCUUGUUACCUAAAGGCAGUCUGAUGGAAUCUAUGAGGCAUCCCUCCCCUUGGACAGUCCAUUUUCCUGUCUUGCUUAAAGCAGACUUGUAUGUUGCACCUGCUCUUCUGGCCUGAUUUAAUUGCUGAAUAGCUUGUGCGUCUUGCGUGUCGGAUGUGUAUGUGAGUGGUGUGCCUCCAUGCUUAGCUUGCUUCAAGUGUUCCUGGGUGUAUUUAAAGGUCUUGUGGUUUAUUUCCCCUCAGAGUGUGUGGCCAUUAGUCUUAUGUCUGUCAUUGUACCCCACCCCGCCCCCCCACAAUUUGCCACGUCAUGUUCUGUCAGGCUUCUCCAGUAAGGAGAAGAUUGGUGGCACAUUAAUGAAAACUGUGCUCCUCUCUGAUUCAGUACCACGUAGGGUAUUUGGAGCAGGUCUUCACAAUAGGAGGCAUCUCAGUGUGCUCCCUAAUGUUUUGUGGGUUUCAGGCUCAUUGGGACUAUGUUUUUUUAAAAAUGUGUUUUUUAUUAAAGAUUUCUUGGUUUACAGAAGUAUGUGCAAUGUCUCUUUUUUCAAGUUACAUUUUCUACAGAUCAGUUUCAUUUGUUGAGACAUUAGUGUUACAUUAGGAAGAAAAGGGGGGAAGAGGUGGAGGGGGCCAUGGUGGGUAGGGGUGGGGUCGGGUGGCAAUGUUUCUAUUUUACUAGUACUACUGCUACUACUGUGGUACCUCGGGUUGCAGACGCUUCAGGUUACAGACUCCGCUAAUCCAGAAAUAGUACCUUGGGUUAAGAACUUUGCUUCAGGAUGAGAACAGAAAUCGUGCGCCGGCGGCACGGCAGCAGCAGGAGGCCCCAUUAGCUAAAGUGGUGCUUCAGGUUAAGAACAGUUUCAGGUUAAGAAUGGACCUCCAGAACGAAUUAAGUUCUUAACCCGAGGUACCACUGUACUACAACUACUAAUAAUUUAUUAUUUAUACCCCACCCAUCUGGCUGAAUUUCCCCAGCCACUCUGGACGGCUUCCAACAGAAUAUUAAAAUACAAUAACCUAUUAAACAUUAAAAGCUUCCCUAAACAGGGCUGCCUUCAGAUGUCUUCUAAGAGUCUGGUAGUUGUUUUUCUCUUUGACAUCUGGUGGGAGGGCGUUCCAUUUAAUGUAUGUGUGGGGUUUUGUGUCAGCGUCGCUUGUGCAGGUUCUCUUUGCCAUUCCCUUGUGUUCCUUUGGUGGUGAGAGAGGUUGGGGUUGGCCCAGGGUGUGGUUGUUUGUUUGUGAUUGGCUGCGGUGAACUUUGUUUUCAUGUGUGAGUUUGGGGUGUGUGUUUUUGGAUCAGGUUAGCCAUAUUGAUGCGUAUGCUGUUGGUGGAUUCUUGUUGUUGUCUUGUUGGGCUGUGUAUGUGAUAAAGGGGAGCCAUCCCAAGGCUUCUUGGGAUUAUUUUGAUUAAAACUAUGGCCUUGAAUUGUGCCCAGAAAGCAAUGAAUCAUCAGAGCUUCUGUUCAGAAUUAGAUUUUAUCUUCAUAAAACUAAGCACUAAGCUUAAGUGAGAUUAGUAAACACAGUUUUAUAAAGAGUACACCAUGUUCCUUUUAUGUGCUGAAUAAAACCUGAAAAAAAAUUUCAAUAACCCAAAGUGGUUGAACUGAAAUAUUUAUUAUUUUUCUUAAAUUUUGAUUUAUAGUUAAAAUCUUUAAAGUGUGGCUUAAAUGUUACAUUUAAACAAAUUCAAACUUUAACUUUGACAUUGUUUUUACUCGACUACGUGUCAAUGCAUCUUAAAUGUGAUUACUCAGUCUUAAUGCUGAUGUAUAUUAUUCAGAUGUUAAGGAAAAAGGCAUAGAAACCACUUAGGUAAGAACUCAACACAGCACUAUAGCAAUCAUUUCAUUAGUACAAACAUUUCAACUUGUGAGAUAGAAUGAUCACCCCUUUCCUCUCUAUGCAUGCUGUUUUGGGGGUUCUCCUGGCACACACCCCAAGCCAAUUUAGCGGGGGGACAUGGGAGGAGGAGAGGGGGGAAAUCACUGUCCUUGUGUGGGCUUACACUAGUGGGAGUAAUUAGUUAAAUCUGGCCUUUAAUAUUCUAAUUUUAGCAUGCCUGAAGUUCUGCAUGUGUUUCUUGGUGAGAGUCACCUGAAAAAGUUAAUUGCAACUUUUGAUUAUUAGGUUUGACAAGUUUUAUACCCAUUUCACUUGCCCCAUUUGACAUUUUGUGGAGGAUGAUUACUCACCAAUAGUUUUAAAGGAUGUUUGUUUUUCAUUAGCUCUCUUUUACACGAUCUGUCUAAUGGCUAAGUCUCUUACAUCUUUAUUUUUGUGGCCAAUAUGCUCUUAUUUUCAAAUAUUUUGCUUUUAUGUUACUGAAGAGUAUUUCCUAUCAUUUGUGUUCCAAUGAUUUUUUUUCACAGCAUAUAAAAAUGAAGACCAGCUACUUUGGCAGCCUGAUAUGAUUUCAGAAAAUAAAGUUAGAGAGUACCUUUUUGAGACCUCUUUAAGAACUGGAAAUGAAAAAACGAUUGGCAGAAUUCCUGAGGGAAUGCAUACAAGGGAUAAUGAACAGGUAUGUUUCUUACCUGAACAUAUGACUAGGGCUUUUCUCUGCUUAUGUUACAAGAAAAGACCACUCAAAUCUUUUUGCUUUCAUUUGAUUUAAAGCUACAUUUUGAUACAUUUAUAUUAACAAACAAUUGUAAGAAUGGCUUAUUUUCAUCACACUGAAAUUUAUGCUAUGACAUGUCAGAAUAUUUCCAAAAGUUUUUAUAAACGAAAUAUCCUUACCUUUUUCACCUCCCCCCAACUCCCUCCUCCCAAGGAUCCUUAUUCUUGGGUGAUGAAAAGCUUACUGUCAUUUAAAAAUUAAUAGGUUUUGAAAGAGUAAAUUUACCAAAAGCGCAAAUUGGUUUGUUUCGCUAAUGGAUUGUCAUAAUUUGAAUUCAGAUCCAUCCCUAUACACACAGCAAAUCUAUGGUGGCAGGUACAGCCAGUCGGGGCUCCCCAGCACUCCUCCUCUCCAAGUGCUUUGAGGCAACGAUCUUUCAUACUUUUAUGUGUGUUUGCUGCUUUCCAUAUCUUAAAAUCCCCAGUUUGAGCUUUCAGGAAACUUCUUCAGCAGCAACCACCAUUCUUUAUUUUUUUUUUAAUUCUCACGAGGCACAAUAUUUUGGACACUGGGUUGUCUCCAGUGUAGUUAGAGUUGUGUAGAGGUACACUUGUUGGCAAAAUGUUUUGUGCCAGCAGGACAUUGUUGUGCAAAAUAACAUACAAACAUGUUGCUGGUAACUUUGUUGCACAGUAGAUUGGGAAAUCUGUUGCACAAAUGAGUUUCCGCUAGCCUAACUAUUGCAUUGGAUUACUCUUGCUCAAUUUGCAAACGCACCUGUCUGCCAGUGCAAGAGUCCUUGUUCUGGCAGAGAGAAACCACUGGACACAGCCCUGUUCUGGUGUUCAUAUAAUCUUUAUAUUAAUGAUAAAUAUUUUGAGAAAUUGCACUAUAAUAAAGUAAACAAUUUUUGGUUGGCAUGGGAGUAUAACCAUUCUACUGUAUACUUUUGACUUCUUUUAACCAUAAGUAUUUUAAUCUCACCUAGGCACUCUAUGAACUUUUCAAAUGUAACCACAACGUAAAAGAAGCAAUUGAGAGAUAUUGCUCCAAUGGAAAGGCAUCUCAAGGUAAGAAAUCUCUGCAAAGAGUUUGAGGCUACAAACCUUUACUUGCUUAAGUGGGAGUAAGUCCAUUGAACUCUGUGGAGCUUACUUCAGAGUAAACAAGCAUAGGAUUGUGCUAUAAGAAUGGUUUAAAUGGUUUUAAGUUGAAAAGUGCAGAAAUGAGUUGAGGUGGCAAGUCAUCUACCCCAGUUCCUCAACAGUUUGUAACAGUAGAACAGAUCAUUUAUACUGCCAUCAGUAACAGCUGGAAGGUUCAUGUAAUUAGAUAUUGGAAGACAAUUCAUUCUUGGGCAGCAGAGGACUUAACUCCUUGUGGAGGCAGUCAAAAGGCAUUCUUGAAAUUUUCUGUGGCCAGCCAGAAGUGGAAGUAAUCGUCUUUCAACUUCCAGUUCUGAUUCUACCUUCAAUGAGUUAACAGAGUCAGGCACCUUGCUCCUUUAUUUCCAUCCUGUAUCCUCAACUCUCCAAAACAGCUUUUCAGUAAGUGUGAAAGGAAGAAUUGGCAAAAAUUGCCUUCUCCUUUUCGUACAGCAGGAGCAUCCUGUGAGUGGAAUUUUACUCAUAGGAGCUUUAGGUCUUAAGCUCUAUUUUUCAGGUAAUGCAAAUUAGCAUUAUUAUUAUUUGUCUUGAGCUUGAACUAAAAUAGCCAUAAAUAUGAUUGUCAUUGGUUGCACAAAAGUAGUACAGUAGAGCUAAUAGCUGAGCAUCCCAUAAGAAUGUGAGUAUGUUGAACUUUUUUUAAAAAAGAAGCAAAAACUGUGUAGUCCAGAAUAAGCUUGCUUCCCAUGAACCCAAAUGGAGUAACAUAUGUAGUUCUACAUCUAUGGUCUUCUUACUGCUAGGUGUUAGCUUUCCACUUGUGGAUUGCUAUUACCGGGUGGGUGAAGUUUUCUUUGCUGUCCACGUGCUGGAGGGUGGAAUGGCUAUUAAUUUGAACAGACCAUCAAUCUUAAUUGUCCUUUCUGUCCUUCUUAAGAGAUGACAGCCUGGACAGAAGAAGAAUGUAGAAACUUUGAACAUGCACUUCUGAUUUAUGGGAAAGAUUUUCAUCUCAUACAAAAAAAUAAGGUAUGUUGAUAUACAAAUAAAUGAAACAAAUGGUGCUUGUGUUUUUAAAAUCGGAGAUGUAUAGACAGCAUAUUGUUACUGACUGGCCAUUGGCAUGUUAAAUGUAUUACAAACGUUGUAAAUCUGUUCAUUUAGUAAAUGAGUCAGCCUCUAUGUAUGAAGCAGUCUGUAGUGGAAUGUCAUUACUGUGAAUGUUUAUACUUUUUUUAAAAGCAAACAAACUUGAUGCUGUAUUCAUUUACUCUACUGCUAUAACAUUACCUUAUACAAGAACUAAGUUAUUGUUUGAGGCAAAAAGAGGGAAAAUAUCUAGUUUACUACAGCUGUUCUGCAUCACUAGUAACUACUUCUGCUUUUGUUCUGAAAUCAGAAAGUUGAUAUUUGCUGAUGAACAAGUUAGAUGCAUUUUACAAAGUGGGCUCUGGCUCAUAAAUGCUUAUUCCACAACAAACUUGUUAAUGCACAAUAAAUAACAACUCUUUGUUAAUAUUUUCUUUGGACUCAUGGAUGACAUAACAUUAUAAAAGCAGCAAGUAAAAUAUGAGACAUGAUGAGAUAAUUUUCUAACUCUCAGGUGGAUUGUGGCCCUUUCUUUACCAUAGAAGCAUUGUUGAGUCUGAUGGACUCAGCAAUUUAUUAGCUAGCUAAGAGCCAUUUCCUGGGUUUCCUGAUUUGCUGGGUUCUGUGUCUUGGUCAUGGCUAGAUUUUCGAAAUUGUGUAUCCUCUUUUUCUCUAUGCAGUUGAUCCCUCAUUUCCUCUCCAGGGUUGCUGGCCCAUUACUGUUAACGGAGGGACCAGUUCAUUCAUAUGCUUAUCCCAGCAGCUGGUUGGAAGAUGUCUCAGUGGCGCAUAAAGUCAACUUAAUGCCACUACCCUUUUUGUUCCCCAGAUAGCAUCUGCCAAUCUGGAAACAGGAGAAAGCAGGCCACAUAGAGCAAUAAGACAGUCUCUUCAUCCAAAUGGGAAGGAGGCUUGUCUACCAAGCUGAGAGUUGUGUUUACAGACAUGUUCCUUUUUUCUAAAUCUAUUCCUGCCAUUUCUCCAUCCCAAGACCCAGGAGAGGAAGGUUUUCAGAAAGUGUGUCAUAACUUUUUCCAGGUGCUUUCAGGGGUUUUUAAUAAGAAACCUUUGUGACAGGGAAGGGGAACCUGUGGCUCUCCAUAUGUUAGUGAACUGUAACUCCCAUCAUUCCUGGCAGUUGGUAUCCUAUCAUUAGGUGGUGGGAGUUAAAGUUCAACAAGAUCUGGAGGGCCACAAGUGACAUCCUUCUUUGAAGAAGGCAUGACCGGAAAACUACAUAUGACUUGAUUUUUUUUACUAGAAAAGCUCCUGUGGAACUAGAGCAGAAUCUGGAUGAUUCAGACCUCUAGUUGCAGGGGCGUAUUCUCUUGUUUUUGUAGCAAUGAACCAGCCUAUGAAUUCUGCACCCAGUCAAAAUGAGCCAGAAUUUGGCAUCCUUAUCCUCCCUGUUCCCUCUCAGCAUGCUAAUAGCCAACCACAAGUUUUUUGUAUUAUGUACUAAGUAUCUUCUUACUACAUCAUACAAACAAGUCUCUCCAAUUUAAGAAUCCUUAGAAUAUUGUUGGCUUUCACAAUGUGAAUUGGGGCACGAUUCUAUGAUUCAACACUAUGAGUCCCUCAGGAUUAUAUUAAUUUAUUGGGAGAGUCAGGUCCUUCUUUGCCAGCUCUUUCAGAAGGAAGUCGGCAUUUCCAUGUACAGAUUUAUUAUGGAUAUCAAUAUCAAGACUUGAAUGUGCCAAUUCUUUUUAGGUGAGAACAAGAACAGUUGCUGAAUGUGUAGCAUUUUACUACACGUGGAAGAAAUCUGAACGAUACGAUUACUUUGCACAGCAAACCAGAUUUGGAAAAAAGAGAUACAACCACCAUCCUGGAGUCACGUAAGUUCAAAGACCUUGAAAGUCUUUAUUUUUGUGUUUUGUGAUUUUCUCCUCUAGAACAUCACACCCAUGUUAUAAUAUGGCAUUGAUGCUGUUCUGAAGAUGCAUAUCCUCCGAUUAUAGUCAGUUAAAUUACUUGCCUUAAGAUGAUCACUGUCGUUCCAGGGACUAUAUGGACCGGUUGGUAGAUGAAGCAGAAGCUCUUGGUGGAGCUGUACAUUCUUCAGCCAUAACGUCAAACAGCAGAUCGGAGCCCACGCCUGACCAACAGCUAAGCAUUCUGAGCUCUAUCACUGCCAAUGAUUUGACAGGUAAAUUAAAGGGUGCACGGAUGAUGUCUUGGAAUAGCUUGUUGCUGCUGUAUGUCAGGAUAAUGGUGACAUUUUGGCUAAUAUUGCUUUUCUUUCUUCUAGCACUGACCAACAGUGUAGCCACAGUCUGCCACUCUACAGAUGUGAACUGCUUAGAUGAUGCCUUCCCACCUCUGGACAGCUUGCCUCGGACAGCAGUUAAUCAUGUGCCUGUUGUAACAGAAGAUUUGCUUAACUUGCCUAGUAAUGGUGAAAGUGAUUGUUUUAAUUUAUUUGAGACUGGAUUUUAUCACUCCGAGUUAAACCCAAUGAACAUGUGCAACGAGGAGUCUGAAAGGCCUGCCAAGAGACUAAAAAUGGGAAUUGCAGUCCCAGAAUCGUAUAUGAAUGAUGUUUCUGUGAAUAACUUGGGUGUUGAUUUUGAGAAUCACACGCAUCACAUUACCAGUGCCAAAAUGGCAGUCUCAGUGGCUGACUUUAGCAGUCUAUCUGCAAACGAGACAAAUGGCUUUAUUAGUGCUCAUGCAUUACACCAGCACACUGCCCUCCAUUCAGAAUGA